CAAACCAACUACCAUUUGCCUAUAUUGGAUACUCGUACCCAUCACUCUUUUUUUCUCCCACACUCUUUUAUAAACCUCUUCCAUCCCUCCUUUUCUCACUUCCUACCACCCCUGUUUUUCUCUCUCCUCUCCCCUUUCCAUUUCAACAACCAUUAAAAUCCAUGUAACAAUAAAAACCACCCUCAAAAACACCCUUUAUCCAUGUCUCUUCCGCCUCCGCUGUCGUCUUCGCCACCAAUACACCACCUUCCCCCACCAGGAAACAGCAGUUUCCCAGUCAUAGCAAUCGCCGUGAUCGGCAUUCUAGCAACCGCGUUCCUCCUAAUCAGCUACUACAUUUUCGUCAUCAAAUGCUGCUUAACAUGGCACAGAGUCGACAUUUUCAACCGCUUUUUCUCCCGAGUUAGAGACACUAACGAUGAUACAGAUUCAUUAGCGACUCCUACUUUAUACCCCGACGGCGGCAGCACCGCCGUCCAGAAGGGCCUUGACGAGGCCCUCAUCAGAUCGAUACCCGUGAUAGAGUUCAGAAAAUUAAAAUCAGAGAGAAAAGUAAACGACACAACAGUUUCAGCAGAGCCUGCAACGUCAUACGAGUGCGCUGUCUGCUUAAGCGAGUUCGAGGAAGGAGAAAGACUACGUGUCAUCCCCUACUGCUGCCACGCGUUUCAUAUCGAUUGUAUCGAUGUUUGGCUACAGAGUAACGCUAAUUGCCCACUUUGUAGAUCAGGGAUUUCACCAUCUUCGAUACUGCACAAUACACAGCAACACAUGAUUAAUUACCCGUACCCACCGCAAUGUCAGCCGCAGAAGCCGUCAAGUAACGGUGUAACCGAUGUUCAAAGCGACAACAAUGGCGGUGAAGAAGAUGACGAUGAUGAUGGUUUUGUGGUGAUUGAGAUUCAAGGGAAUAAUUUGGAUGAACCCAGAUUGGUAAGUAGGAAAAUGGGGCGGGUUUGUAGUAUGGGUGAUGAAUUAAUUGAUACAAUGAGGGAAAAAGAUGAAGAGUUUAAUGUAAUUCAGCCGAUAAGAAGGUCUAUUUCAAUGGAUUUGUCAAGUGAUAGAGAGUUUUGCCUCGAAAUUCGAGAAUGUUGUAGAAGUAAUGUUGAAGCUAGUGACAUUAGUUGUGGUAGUAGUAGUAGCAGCAAAGUUAGAAGAUCUAUCUUCUCAUUUGGGUAUGGAAGGGGUUCAAGAUGCUCUGUUCAACCAGUUCAUUUGGAUCCAUGACUCAAGAUGAGGUAUCUAUUUUUUUAUUUUUAUUGGGGGGUUUGUCGUUAGAUAUGAGAUUGAAUUCUGUCUAUAAGUUUAUUUUUUGCGACUUUUGUUAGACGAAAAACAAAAAAAGUUGAUUUGUGUAAUUUAGGAUGUACAAGUUUUUUAGAUAUGUAUUUGGACGGGUGUAAGAAAGAGGUUAGGUUGUUAUAGAGACAAAUUUAAUUGUAAUUUCAUUCAAUUGUUUGAUUUAGUACAAAUUAGUACAAAUUAUUGAUA